AUGCCCAACUACAACUACUCCAUCCCUCCCGAGGACUACUUCGGCUCCGACUCGCCCUGCACACUCGAUAACUGCAAGGUCGAGUGGAGUCUCCUCGGUUACCGACCCGAUCUGGCUGCCAACAUUGCCUUUAUCGCUCUGUUCGGAGUUAUCGGUCUCGCCCAUGCCUACCUGGGCUUCCGAUGGAAGGCCUGGGGUUUCAUGGCCGGUAUGCUCAUGGGCUGCUUGUCUGAGGUUAUUGGCUAUGUCGGUCGUGUCAUGAUGUACAACAACCCAUUCUCUUUCAACGCCUUCAUGAUUCAGAUUGUCUGCCUCACCAUCGCACCCGUAUUCUACACCGCGUCCAUCUAUGUCACCCUCUCCAAGACGAUCGUUUUCUUCGCCCCUGAGCUCUCUCGCUUCAAGCCCCAGCUCUUCUACUGGAUCUUCAUCCCCUUCGAUAUCGUCUGCCUCGUCCUCCAGGCCGCCGGUGGUGCCAUGUCCACCUCGUCCGACAACGACGUGGGUGUCGACAUCUCCAUGGCUGGUCUGAUCUUGCAGGUCAUCAUCCUUUUCCUCUUCAUCGUCGCUUUCAGUGACUACAUGGUCCGCUACUGGCGCUCUGGUCGCGCCGCCAACUUUGGCUGGCGCCUCAAGGCCUUCUUUGCCGGUCUCUCCGCCUCCAUCAUCCUCAUCCUCACCCGAUGCAUCUACCGUGUCGCCGAGCUGAAGGAUGGUUAUGAUGGUGAUCUUAUCAAGCACGAGAUCCCCUUCAUCAUCCUUGAGGGUGUCAUGAUUGUUCUUGCUGCCAUCGCUCUCUGCUUCGGCCACCCUGGUCUCGUCUUCAACAAGCCCGAAUACACCAACGCCGUUUCCGAGAGCGAGAAGGGUGCCACAGUCUCCAGCCUCCGCGGCAGCUCCGAUGGCACUGUGAACAACCAAAACCUUUGA